AUUGUCCAUUGAGAGCUAUAGAGAAUCAAUGCAUUAUCCUGCCGAUUAUCUCACAACGUCAUCGGGUCAUUGUUUACAGUAGAUAGGUAUAUAACGCCCUAGGCCAGCCCACUGCAUCCACAGCCUAACCAAGGGUCGAACUGUGCUCACGGAUAUACGACCUAAAAUGAAACUGAUAAUCCUAGUCACGUUGUGCGUCGCGGCGGUGGCGUGGGCCCGGCCGAGCUCCACUUACACGGACAAGUGGGACCACAUCAACGUGGACGAGAUCCUCGAGUCGCAGCGCCUUCUCAAGGGCUACGUCGACUGCCUCCUCGAUAAAGGUCGCUGCACCCCCGACGCCAAAACCCUCAAAGAGACCCUCCCAGACGCCCUAGAACACGAAUGCUCCAAAUGCACCAAGAAACAAAAGGAAGGAUCCGAUAAGGUCAUCAAGUUCUUAGUCAACAAACGUCCUGAUCUGUGGAAGGACUUAGCGUCGAAGUAUGACCCUGAAGACAUCUACCAAGCGAGGUACAAGGACAAGAUAGAAGCCGUCAAGCACACGUAGAAUGUGACUCUAGUAGGGAUUUGCUGAUGCAAAUGGUACCAAAGUAGUUUAAUUAUUUGUUAAUUGGAUACUGGAUGUGUAAAUAAAAUUGAGUUGUCUUUUUUA